CGGGACUGCCAGGACUUCCGGGACUACUAGGGCUACCAAAUCCCUUAUCAGCAGUCUCAUUUACUGGUGUUUUGUCUGAUUUCGACGUCUCUGAUUCAAGGAUUGUUGGUUUGUCAUCUGACGAAUCUGCGUUUAUAGCUUUAGAAUUGAUAACUAGAGUAGCAGGCUCCAAUAUGUCGGUUUCAUUCGGCUCUUUCUCUUCGAGUGAAUCGCUAGUUUUCUCACUCUGUUCGAGUGGAUCGCUUUCUGAUGUUUGCUGGACGAUUUCUGGAUUGUCCAGCCCAUCAUCGUCAGGUGUGGGGGUUUCAAUAACGCUAUCUUCCGCCAGGGUUGGGUCAUUUGCGGGAGUUUCUGAUGGGACCGGUAACAGGUCACCUUCCUUAUCAGAAACGGAAGUAUCUGGGAGUUUCACAACAGAGUCAUCCUCCUCAGCUGCCUGGGCAUUUUUGUUGGGGCCAUCAUCUUCGGCUGCUUCUGUGAUAGUUGAAACAAUAGCCCCUACUGAAGGGGAGGCCUUGUGCCGUCUGGUUGUUGCCGCAACAUUUAAUGCCUGCUCUGACUGUUCCCCGGGAACUGGCUUUUCUGCCUGUGUUUCUGACUCUUUCCGCAUAAUGGUCAUCCGUCUACUGGAGUCACGUUCAGGAGCCACGUUGUUCGGUGGCUGGAGCCCUUCUGCUUCUCUUGGGACCGUAUAAUUAUCCUCCGGUAUCAGAUUAUAAAUAUCACAGACCGUCUUAAAGAAAAUGUAUAGUCCAUCGUGGCCUUCAACCUGCCAAAAUACCUCGCGAUGCUGGAACCACGCAUGUGCAAAGAUCCGAUAAACGCGGCGAAAAAUGUUGGUAAGAUGCUUCAUGCUCGUCUGGGGCCCUCCAGAUGACUCCGAGCCAAGAGUCAAUCUGCUUGGGAAGUAUUUUGGUGAUGUCAGGAUAUUCGCCGCCCAGUCAAGGGUGUGACAGCAGUAAUCGAUGGCGCAACAUGAUUUAGGCGGAUCAUGGACGGCACAUAAGUAUUGCCAUUCGGAGGCACGCAUUUCGGGACAUGUUUGAGCAGAGCACGGCGGGUCUUCCGCAAAAAAGGCAACAAUCAGGUUAUUAGCCUUCAUGGUGAGAAAUCGACAAAGCUCAUAUAGCCAUAGCGAUCUUUCUACUCCUUCUGGAGGCUCCGCAAGAAACCGCGCAAUGUCACGAGUUAUGGGAUUUAGAGUCGAGGAGUCGCUAGGUCUGGUAUAGUGCUGAUACAAGGCUUUGAGGUGCUCUUGUAAUUGGAAUGGAGAAUCGAGCUGAAUCGCGACAAUUGGUUAGCGCCCAGCCACUCAAGGGAGGUUGAGGGAUUGACCAACUUGGGAGAGAGGAACCAGAGGAGGACCUGAGGCCAUGUCUGCAGAUUUGGUCCCCGGACGUAUUCUCCGCAUCGACGCAUCGUCAGGCUCAUGCGGUAGCCCCAGGAGCUCUUCGCUGGUAGCUCCAAACCCUUCGCCAACCGUAGGGGAUUGAGGCCCAAUCUGCACCUCUGUGAACGGCGGGGGACUAGGCAAUCGAGGCGAGCUCGAGGGAGAAGCACCAGCAGUCGUCAUUGCAGGCUGGCGCAGACGGGGAGGAUACGUCGUGGUAGGGCUGGUAGGGAACAGCGGGAAGAGAGCCUGGAGGUCGUCGCCGUCGUCGUCUUCGUCGUCGUCUUCGCUGCCCGACGCCCGCUGGUGAAGCUCUGACGUUGGCUCGAACAAGCACCAAUCCAAGGCCAUGGCGGAGGCUAGUUCUGCCGCCCCGACAAGCCCUAAGCCCUAAACCCUGCCGAAUAUAGCUGCUGGGGUAGAGUCGUGGAGAUAAGUUAUUUAUUAACUAACUCCUGGGCGAGUCGAUAGGAUACCAGAGCAAAGAUUGUCCAGCUUCCUCCUCCGGAUACUGUUGUUUUGGUUGCAAUCGAAACUUCUUUUGUUUGGGUAAAUAGAAGAUGAACUUUAGAGACGGCGAUGAGGAAGGCCCGCCUGAACUGGUUGAUGUCGACGCCCUCGAGGAAGAGACGGCGGCAAAGUCACCUACUGAGCGGAAGUUCAAGAAAGUCCCUAUCACAAUAGUAACAGGCUAUUUGGGCGCGGGCAAGACGACACUACUUAACUAUAUCCUAGGAGAGGAGCAUGGGAAGAAAAUAGCGGUGAUUUUAAACGAAUUUGGUGAUUCCAUUGAUAUCGAGAAAUCCCUAACGGUCAACAAAGAUGGCCAACAAGUUGAAGAAUGGCUCGAACUGGCGAACGGCUGCAUAUGUUGUUCCGUUAGAGACACGGGAGUAGUCGCCAUUGAAUCGCUCAUGGAGCGCCAAGGCACAUUUGACUACAUUUUGCUGGAGACAACCGGCCUUGCCGAUCCAGGUAACAUUGCACCGUUGUUCUGGGUUGACGAUGGCCUAGGCAGUACUAUCUACCUGGAUGGGAUCGUCACCUUAGUCGAUGGGAAGAACAUCCUCCGGCUUCUUGACGAGCCAGCGCCGGCGGAGGUCCAGGGAACGCACCACGGCGCGGUUCUUACCACAGCUCAUCUCCAGAUAUCACAUGCUGACGUGAUCAUACUGAACAAGAGUGACCUGCUUACUGCCGCUGAGCUUGACAAGGUUAAGGAGCGGGUAAUCUCCAUUAACGGCCUGGCUAAAAUUAUUGUGACGGAUCAUAGCAAAGUCCCCAAUCUCGAAGGCACAGUGCUUGAACUCCAUGCUUAUGACAAUGUGACCGAUGUCGAUUUCAGCGAGAAGGGCCAUAGUCAUCUGGAUCCUUCAAUAUCAACCCUCUCCUUCACCAUUGACAAGAUAACGCCAGAAUGCGUGCCCAAAGUGGACGCAUGGCUGCGCUCGUUACUGUGGGAGCGUCAACUUCCACCGACAAAUCAGGGCCAGCAGAAGAUUGAAGAUUUUGAAAUCCAUCGAUUAAAGGGGUUGCUCUGCCUGACAGAUGGCAGUACGCAGGUCAUCCAGGGAGUACAGGAAGUAUUUGAUAUUACAGAGACUGAUAGCAGGCACCCAUCGGCUUCGGGGAACCACUGCAAAAUGGUCUUGAUUGGGCGAGGGUUAGGCAUGGAUAGCAGCCCCUGGCGAGAGAGCUUACAAGCUUCUCUCGGACGUGCCAGUUAAUUUUUUAGGAAUUCUUUUUUGUCAUUUAUCUAAACAGAAAUGAAACUACCUAUCGACAUAAAUGAACAAUAUGGAGGAUAUUUUAGCCGUGGCCGUGCGGUGGUAUAUGGCGAUGGGAGGGAGCCGCCCAACUAGGACAGGAGCUGACAUGCGAAACCUCACGGAAAUAUUUGACAAUAAUUUUCAAAACGCAAGAUACUGACCGCACGGGAAUGAAAAUUGAGAUAUACUAAUACGACUAGUCCCAAGGCGGGCUCAGCCUUUUUGAGCAUAUAAUCCUUUAGCAUAUCAUCUCGGGUAGUAAAAGUUGCUAACUCGCUGGUGUUCCUGCGCCUUAUCGAUAACCGAAGCCAAAUGUCGGUACCAAGAUCUCAUUUGCGGACAAAGUGACUACUAAACCAAAACCUAGAGCACAAAGACACCAUGAUUUCUAAACACUGGGGUAUAGACGCAUAGGUGGGUUGAUUCCGAGGUGAGAUAUCGGUAAGGACAAGAAUACUGCAGUUUAGGCUAGGUUGAAUAAUACUUUGGGAGGCAGUAUAAACUUAUGCUCUAGAUGUAAACCGAGCCCCAAACAACGGCGAGUUUUGCAAGUCGCCUUCUGACAUUUCAGCAUCCAUAUCAAUAGUCCGAUCCCCAUCUCCAUCCAUAUCACGAUCAUCCAGCGGUAAUAUGUGUACCGCUGGAGAAUUCACGGGGCUCAUGGCCACCCUAGGCCUGCUCUUAAACACGCUGGCAUAAUCCGCAUCCUGACUAAACAGUUCUUCCUUGGGGGUUAACGUUCCAGAGCUUCCUGGCAUGAGGCUCCGCGAAUCGCGCUUUUUGGGAGUUUCAAACUGGUUUGUAGGAAAUACUUGCGAUUUUCGAGGCUUCGCUGCUAGAGACUGUCGGGGUCGUGCGCUAGGUGUGGGGAGGAACGACAUUGAAUGUCUUGUACGUUCAAUAAGAUUGCUUGAAACAGAGCACGUAGAAUUUACAGAGAUUAAUUGUGGGGAUUCGGCGUCCUCGUUUACGGGACUAGGGUUCGAAUCGUAUUCGAUGGUGAUUGAUGGAGUAGCAACGCCAGAAAAGUAUUCGUAAUGCGGAGUUCCUGAACCGCUUACCUCUCCGCUUUCUAGCCUAGGGGAGCCUCUGCUGCUCCCCUGGGUUGGAAGAGAGGAAAUGAUGGAAGCAUUAUCCAUAUAGUUGGAAUUGGGAGUUGGUUGGUCGGCGAGAAGACUUAACGCUGCUUGGUCCAGUGAAUAAUUACGAUUUGAAUGAAUAUUGGAUAGUCUCCGAUUUCUUGGAUCCCCUGAAUCUGGCCGCUCUUUCUUCUGAGAGAUAUUGACAUUGUGCUUGAGAAGUGCAGCAUCAAGAUCUGAAACCAAUGAGGAGUACUUCGUGUCAUUUAGCGACGGUGGAGUCGAUUUUCGAUCUGACUGAGCAAGUGAAGCGAUCGUUAACGGCUGGUGGUUCCGAAAUGCCAAAAUCUUGGAAGAGCUCCGAUGUUUGGAUGGUGGUGAUGCACGUCUUUCUUCAACGAGAGUCUGUUUAAACUUCCGCCACUUUUCAACCCUGGCUUUCUGCUCUGCGAGUCGAUUAUCCAAAUCAGCCAAUAGAUCAGAAGAAGACCUGUUUUCCAUGUCAUCCAACCGUCCAUUCUUAAUCAGUGACAACGCCCGUGAAAAUGAUGAUUCAAGAACGCGAUCAGUGAACACUUGCAUUCCACCAUUGAGAAUUAUGUCGGCCCAUUUUUCAUUUCCGUACCAUAGGUUCAUUAUCUCAUGGGUAAGUUCGGCUUCAUUUGCAGUCGGUUUGUUCGCAGCUUCUUUUGAUCGGACAGCAAGCUCUUUCGUCUUAUUUUCAAGCAGAAUUUUCAGAUGGUCAUAAGCUUCUCGUACAUGGCAUUUAUCAUUAAUCAUGGUCGUAAGUGCGGCACGAUGCGCUAUAACCAGCGGAACCAGCAUCUCUUGUUCUGGGGAGGAAGUGCAUCCAUUGAUUGUCAUCUCAAGAACUGGAUUUUUGUGUUCACCCUUGCGCGCCAAUAUCACCUCCCGUAACACAGCCAAAGAAAAGGUGGCCAGUGCCUCCUCGAACUUCUCCCCUUUGCACUCAUCUAGCAUCGUCUUGCGGAGGAUCGCUUCUCUUCCGAGAACGCCAUUCUUUUUGAGAUCGGAUAGGGCACGAAAAAGCGCAGCCCGAAGGUUAACAGAUUGUAAGGGCUCCAGUGGAGGGAAAAAGGGGCGCAAUCUCUAAUAGCAUAGGAAAAAAAAAAGAACAAAGGUUUAGAAUCCUUUUCAAAUACAAUAGUAGAAUGGUACUGGGCCUAUCUAACGGAGGCUUACAUUCUGGGUCCCUUCUGGGUCCCAUAUCGUAAACAGUUG